AAACUGGCAGGGCCGAGCAUGCGCAGUUGUGUGUGGGGUACGCAGCCUGAUUUACUUCCUUCAUAACAGAAAGAGUGAGUCGGUCGGGUCGGGCAAAUAUUUAUUUUUCUCCCUGUUAGUUAUUGUAAAAGUAGUGGAGAUUAAGAACGGCGAAGCUGUGCGGAGGCAGUAUGGAGUUUGAAGAGUCGGGCAUCGGCGAGGAGUGCGGCGUGUUCGGCUGUGUGGCGGCGGGCACGUGGCCGACUCACUUGGACAUCCCGCAUGUUAUCGCCCUAGGACUGGUGGCGCUGCAGCACAGAGGUCAGGAAAGUGCUGGAAUUGUGACAAGUGAUGGGAGUUCCUCACCAUUAUACAUGACACACAAGGGAAUGGGCCUCGUAAACAAUAACUUUCGUGAAGAACAAAUAAAAAAGCUUCGCGGUGGAAAUCUGGGUAUAGGACAUACGCGAUAUUCUACAUCGGGUAUUUCCGAAUUACAGAACUGUCAGCCAUUUGUGGUGGAAACCCUUCAUGGAAAAAUUGCUGUAGCUCACAAUGGAGAAUUAGUCAAUGCAAAAAAACUAAAAAUGAAGGUAUUACGUCAUGGCGUUGGCUUAUCAACCAGCUCUGACAGUGAGCUUAUUAUGCAACUUCUGGCUUUGACACCACCAAAGGAAGAAGCUGACACACCAGACUGGGUGGCCAGGAUUAGAAAUUUAAUGACUGCAACACCUACCUCUUACUCAAUACUGCUUAUGUAUAAAGAUGUAAUCUAUGCUGUCCGUGACCCUUAUGGAAAUCGUCCCUUGUGCAUUGGCUGCCUUGUACCAGUUUCCGAGCUGCAUAGUUCAGGAAAAUCAGAUAUUGAAACACAUCCUGAAGGAUGGGUGGUUUCUUCUGAAUCGUGUAGUUUCCAAUCUAUUGGAGCUAGGUAUAUUCGUGAAAUAUUACCAGGAGAAAUAGUGCAGAUUUCUAAGAAUGGAAUCCAGACACUUGAUGUUGUACCAAGGGCUGGGGAAGAUCCACCUGCAUUCUGUAUCUUUGAGUAUGUCUAUUUUGCCAGACCUGAUUCCAUAUUUGAAGGACAGAUGGUCUAUACAGUCAGGCAGCGAUGUGGGCGGCAACUUGCUAUUGAGGCACCUGUGGAUGCAGAUUUAGUGAGUACAGUUCCAGAAUCAGCAACUCCAGCAGCACUUGGUUAUGCACAAGAGGCAGGGCUGCCUUAUGUAGAAGUACUGUGCAAAAAUCGUUAUGUGGGCAGAACUUUCAUUCAACCAAAUACAAGACUGCGGCAGCUUGGAGUGGCACAAAAAUUUGGAGCCCUGAGUGAUAAUUUUGCUGGAAAGCGGAUUGUGCUAAUAGAUGAUUCGAUUGUCCGUGGAAAUACAAUUUCUCCAAUCAUUAAAGUCCUAAAGGAAGCAGGUGCCAAAGAGGUACACAUUCGUGUGGCUUCACCUCCAAUAAGAUUCCCUUGUUAUAUGGGAAUUAACAUACCAACAAAAGAAGAACUGAUUGCCAACAAACCAGAAUUUGAAGACCUUGCCGGAUAUAUAGGUGCAACUAGUGUGAUUUACCUCUCUGUUGAUGGAUUGAUAUCUGCUGUACAAGAGGGAAUUAAGAGGCAAACAAAUUCCAUACUAUAUGAUACGGAAAAUGACAAAAAAUCAGUGAGACAAAUUGGUCACUGUACAGCUUGUCUCACAGGAAAAUACCCUGUGGAGCUUGAAUGGUGAAGUUGCCUUGAUUAUGAAGCUGUUAUUAUUCAGUUCUUAUUUCGCAGAUUUAAAGUCAUCUUCUAAGAACAUGGUGUGCUCAGGUCAACAUCCAUAUGUAUUUUUUUAUCAAUAGAUCAACUGAGUAUUCUUAUUUGCCUUCCAAACAUUUCCAAGCAUUCUUUUCUUGGUGGUGCCGGAAUUAUUUAGUUAUGCAUGCACAAAUCCAUGUCCUCAAUUACAUUCUCUUUGCAUUUCUAUGGUACCUUGGAAGAGUGCAUCACUUAAUUGUAGACAUUCUGACAGAUCUUGCUUGUUUCUGGAGGAUGGUCAGAUGAAUUGCAUUUAUUAGAAGUCAUUCUAUCAACAAAAAAUGCAUUUUCAGCUAUUGAUUAAAAUAUUUUGGAAAUUAUGGCAUAAAAUGAUUAAACUUGUUAUGGAGAAACAAUUUUGGAAGAGUUUGGAAUGACCUUGGAAAAUGCUUGUACAUAUUUUAACAAUUCUUCAUUGUUUUGUUUCAAUUUUGUUUUUAACUAUACUUAAGAUGACUAAGUUUUGCAGUGUAGCUUCUUGUCACGUGUAGCAAAAGCAUGAUGUUUUGUAAAUGCCACCAGAUCAAGGUGAUAGUGAAGUCAGGUGAAGGGACUUUGUGAAGAAUUUUCUUUUGUUUAAAUAGUACAAGACUUCAUUCAUUUGAGUUAAGCAUUUGAUAGUACAUUUUUUGUACAUUGUACCUCAUUUGAGUUAAGCAUUUGAUUGUCCAAAUACUCUUGAACUGGCUGCUCUCUAAUUCAUCAUCUACUUAAAUUGUCAAAGGCUGCUGCAUAGUUUAAAAGUAAAGUAGUUUACUUUCUGGAAGUGGACAUUUAACUUUAAUGUACAUCUGGAUGGUCUAUAACUAUCAAAUCAAAUGUGCCUUUUAUUCUCGAUUACAAGGAUUUUCUUUACAUUCAGUCUCCUGAAAGAAGCUUUCAGUCUCCUGUAUCUUUUGAUUUUAGAAUAUUAGUUAUCAAUCAUUGUACAUUAAGAAUGUAAUGCUAUCUUUGUCUUGUAUAAAAAUUCACAUGAAUGAUGUAGAUAGUGGGCUCAAUAUGCCACCUUUAUGUAAUACUGAAGCUUAUUUUUUAAAGUCAACUUUGUCCCAUAAUCAAUUCUGAGAAUUAAUAAGAUGAAUUGAUAAAAUAAUUUGUACUUCUGGAACUUAAAGUCCAUUUUAUGUUUUUAAUGCAUUGUGUUGCAGUAUUUAUCUGAUUUGUAAUAUUGACUAUUGGCAAAAGAAAGUGAAAUCACAACUUCACAACUUUAGCAUUUCUAUUUUCUGGCUGAAAAUCAUUUUGCAUUCCAGUAUUAUGAUGUUAAGCAUUCAUUAGGUGUAGCAAAUCCAUGGUGGAAAAUUGUAAGUUGUUUCAUAACAAAUUACAUAAAACAUUUAGUCCGUCCCCUUUGCUUGAACAAUAUCCAGAAUAGCAUCAAAUGUGUAAUGUAAUUCUGUCCACUAUUCUCAAAGAAUUACCAAUUGAAUAUUUUUUGUUACAUAUUUUGUGAUCUUCCAUUUGAAUAGUAAUGUCUUUAGUUUCAUUUGGAAUUUUAAAUGAAAACAAUAAAUGUUUGUAAAACACAAUAGGGAAGUCAACAUCUUCAAAGAAAAUGACAGUCUAUUGAUGACUUGGAUGAGUCACUAUUUGUUUCAGAUGUACAAAUGCAUGACAUUCUUAGUUUUGUUGUCUAGGAUGGCACUUCAGUACAGUGCAUAGAGACUACUGAUUGUCAGAGGUACUGUCUUUUCAAGUGAGAUGUGAAACCAUGAUACCUUCUGGUUCCAUGAUCCCAUAGGACUAUUCAAGAAGAACAAGCAGCUCUACCCAAUAUCCUGGGCAACUUAUUCCUCAACCAUUGACAUACAAUAAACAGGCUCUUGCUUUCUGCUGAUAGGGCCAAUGCAUUGGGUAAAUUGAACUGCAAUAUUUGCCUGUUCAAUAACAGUGUUGCAGUUCAAAGAAACCCAUUAACUAUGAAGUGUUUUGAGAUUUUCAGUGAAAGUCAAAUGCUCGUCAAUGAAUGGUUUAAGUCUGGUAAUUACAGGCCUGUCAGUCUUAAUGCCUGUGGUAGGAAAGUCAUUGGGAAAAAAUUCUGAGGGACAAGAUUAUAGGUGCAAAGUCAGAGAUAAUUCAAAGGAGUCAGCAUAGAUGAGAUCUUACCUGACCAGUUUGAGUUUUUCAAAGAGACAAUGUGUCAAAGAGGGCAGUGCAGUUGAUGUAGUCUAUAUGGACUUCAGUAAGGCCUUUGACAAUCUUCCACAUGGGAAACUGGUCCAAAAGGUCAGAUCCCAUGGGAUCCAGGACGUCAGAAAAUUGGAUCCAAAAAUUGACUUGGUAAUAGGAUGCAGAGGGUGAUGAUGGACAGUUGUUUUAGUGACUGGAAGCCUGUGGUGUAUCACAGGGAUCGAUGCUGGGACCUUUGUGUAUGUUAUACGUUAAUGAUCUGGAUAUGAAUGUAGGAAGUAUGACUCACAAGUUCACAAAUGAUACAAAAAUUGCUGGUGUUGUUGAUGGUCACAAGGGGAGACAGGAUAAAGGAUGAUAUUGAUGAGUUAGUAAGAUAUGCAGAACAAUGGGAGAUGGAAUUUAAUCCUAGUAAGUGUCAGCUGAUGCAUUUUAGGAAAACUAAUAGGGACGGGACAUAUACGAUGAAUGGCAAACAAAUGGCCCAAGGGAGUUCAGAGGGGCCAUGGUUUACAAGUCUGAGGACCCCUGAAAGUGGAGUACUAUUUACAGUUCUAGUUACCACGUUGUAGGAAGGAUGUGAUUGCACUGGAAAGGGUGCAGAGGAGAUGCACUAGGAUGUUGCUUUGGAUAGAGAGUUUCACAUGAAGAAAGACUGGAUAGGCAGGGUUUGUUUGAAGCAGAGAAGGCUUAUGGGCUUAGUGCUAGAAAAAGGGCUUGGUGUACAGAUGGGUACUUGAUGGUCAGGGCCUGUUGCUGUGCUCUGUGACUGAAAUGGGGGGAAAAAAAAGACCUAUUUACAUACUUUCUUGGAUUAUCCUAGGGUAACUUGCAGCUAUAAAGCACCUUUAAAGUGUAAUCAAUGAAAGAUAAGAAGGGUGAUGUGGCCAUAAGUUUGUGCAAUCCAAGCCUACACAAAAAGCAAUGUAAUAAUAAUAAACCCUAUCAGGUUUUUGUGAUUAAAAACAGAAAAUGCUGGAACUACUUGGCAGCAGCUAGAUGACGGAUCUUCGACAUGAAACGUUUACUGUUUCUCUUCUGACGGAUGUGGCCUGACGUGCUAAGUAUUUCUGGAAGUUUCUGUUUUUAUUUUAGAUUUCCAGCAUCUGCAAUUUUUAAAAAUUUUCUGUUUUUGUGAUAUUGGCAAGGACAUUUGGAAUAAAACUUAGUUAUGCAUGGAAUAAUAUCGGGAUCUUUUGGACCUAUCUGAGAGGGUAGAGGACCCCUGUUUAAUUACUAAAUUGUGCCUAUAAUAAUGCAACAUUACUGAACUAAAGUUUGCCAAUUUAUUUUACUUUUUUUUUCUGCUUUGAGAGAUCUGAAUGUAGUUUGAUGCUAGUUCCUACGUUAGGGGAAUUGGUAUUCUAAUUUAUGAGAUGUGUAAUUACCAUUGAAGGUACAUUGGAGUCAUAGAGUAAUAUAGCAUGGAAACAGGCCCUUUAGCCUAACUUGCAAAUACUAACCAAGAUGCCCAUCUAAGCUCAUCCCAUUUGCCUGUAUUUGGCCCAUAUCCUUCUUAACCUCUCCUAUCCAUGUUCCUGUCCAAGUGUCUUUUAAAUCUAGUUAUUGUACCUUCCUCAACCACUCCCUCUGGCAGCUCAUUCCAUAUACUCACCACCCUCUACAUGAAGAAGUUGCACCUCAGGUCCCUAAGUGUCAAUAUUUUCUCUUUGGUUAUUUGUUUUAAAUGUAACCCAAUGGUGGCAUUUGUUCAUUACUAGGCUAAUGAUCUAAAAGAGAGUGGGAAUGUAAAAUUAGAUUUUCCUUGAUGUAUUCAGAAAUGUCUGCCUGUUUUUACUUUUAU